AUGAAGAAUGUAGCACUCACCAGCAUUAUCUUAGUUUAUCAUGCUAUAACUUGUGAUGUUUUCGCGAAUAAUUAUGUUCUGCUUUCUAGUUUCGAUAAGCUGUGCAAGGAACGGAAUGACAAAGGAUUUGUCGCUAAUUAUGUAGUGGAUGAUAUUACAAUCCGUGAACAGUUAGUGUUAUCGUGGCCUGGGGAUUUAAAUACGUCUUCGUUUUAUAAUCCUCCGAGGAAUCCGAAAUUUGCAUUGUGUCCUGGAUUAGUCAUUCAUCCUUCUGGUCGUUUUGUAAAAAGAUCAUUUCCAGAAGGUCUAGCUCUCUUUUGGCUAUUAAGAGCUAAUAUCCACUUUACUUGUCCUAAAAAUGCCCAUUUGUCUGAAUCCUUUUAUCUUCAAUUGGAACAAUGGAUUGAAUCGUUGGAGUGGAACACAAAACACCGGCGACAAGAUGCUUUAAAGGAUCAAGAUGGUGAUAAUAUAGAUUCAACUAGUAUCGGAGAAGCACCUGAUGAAAUCUUACUGAUCAACUGCUCGAGUUCUUACAUUGGUCAGUCUAACCAUUGGAGUUUAUCUGGAUAUUUACGAAGAAUUCGCAUUACUUGGAAGCUGAGAAAUGAAACAGAAAUUACAGAUCUUACGACAAUUACAAAUACAUCACUGUCGAGUACUUCUUCCUCUUCUGUUAUCUUUUUGAAUACAAGUUUCAGUGACUCUUCGUUGUCAUCAACAUCCCACUUAAACAAUCUGAAUAAUCAACAUUUUCUUUCCAGAUCAGGCAUUAAAUUUCUUGUGCGUAUCUCUUCACAUAUGCUAUUUGUAGGCAAUUUCUCUAUGGAACGCCAGAAAGCAUUAUGUGAAUUUUUCUCUGGAUUUUGGUGUCUUCAAUCUUUAUCUACUUCUAAUACUACGUCAACUAAUCAUCAUCACCAGGACAACCAAAGUAGUCUUAUGUCAUCGUCUACGUCAAUGUCGUCCUCACCACUAACACCAUUACUGAAUCAAUCUAAUAUCUUAUCAAGUAAACAUCCUAUUUGUGUUCAAGCUACAAUGCUGUGUGAUAGCCUUCCAGAUUGUGAUUUGAGAGUGCCUAUGAAUGAAGUUAAUUUAUCACAGGAUGAAGCAAAUUGUAAUAUGAUCCCAUCAAAUUAUUCCCUGAAAACAUCUAAAUUAUCUAAAGACGAUCAUUGGAUAUCUAAAUUACCAUGGAUAGUUCUUGCACCGGUACCUGCUAUAUUAAUCUGUGCUCUAAUACUAAUAUCCAGUUCCACAACAACAACAACAACAACAACUACAAAUCAUUGUGAUAAAUGUUUACAUAUACAAUACAAAAAAUUACCUAGUAAUUAUUUUAUAAUUAAACGUAAAUUACACAAUUAUCGAGGAAGUAUACCGGGAUUAUUGAAUCGAAUAAAUAAAUUAUCUAGUGUUACUGAAGUUGAUGAUGAAAUUGAUCCCAGUAUAGAUCAACAAGUGAAUAUAUUGAAAAUGAAACCAUUGAAUAACACUAGUACUAAUACUAAUACUACUACUAAUAAUAAUAAUGUUAAAACAAAAUUGGCAAAUAAUUCAAAUCAUUGUGAUAAUUCAUUACAACAUUGUUAUUCCUUACCUGAAUUUACUAUAAAACAUGAUGAUAACGAUGACGAUAAUGAUAAUGAUGAUGAUAAAUUCAAUAGUGAUUUGAUGUGUUAUAGUGUUAACAAUGUGAUUAUUUCCAAUCGAAAUUUUCAUGCAAUCAGUACUUGUUCAAGUCGUGAAGCAAGUUUCGAUGAUGAUGAUAAUGAUGAUAAUGAUGACAGGCUUAAUAUCAAUCAUCAUCUUAUUACACAUUAUCAAUCGAUAGAAACAUUUAAUAAAAGUAAAAGUUGUGAUAGUCUACAUGAAAUAAGUACACAAAAUGAAAGAAUGAAUUAUUUAUCGAUUUCUCCUUGUUCUUCCACUUCAUCAUCAAUAGAUCGUAAUAAUGAUGAGAAUAAAAGGAAUCAUGUAAUUUUAUCUGAUUCCCCCAGUGAUAACAAUAGUCAAUUCAUCAUACAAAAAUUUCCUAAAACAAUCAUAAUAUCCAAUCAAUAUUCUAAUAAUAAUGAAUCAUUAUCACAUUUCAAAUUGAAUAUGAGCGCUCAAUAUAAUAAUCAAUAUCAUGAUGAUGAUGGUGGUGGUGAUGUAAUAGAAUAUGAUUAUUAUAAUCAAUAUCAAUCAAGGAAUCAUUCAUUAUCUGAUUCAACAAUAUGUAAUUCUCAAGAGAAAUUCAAUGAUUUACCAUUGAAUUAUACUUCAUCUUUGAAUACAUUUGAUGAAAUACCAAGAAAACUUUCAACAUUGACAAAAUGUAUAAAGCAUAUUCAUCAAUUCAUGAAUUCUUCAUUUACACUUGGUAAUUAUUUAAAAAAUAAACAUGUAUAUAAUAGUCAAACAAAAUUAUUAAUGAUGGAAUCGAAGUAUAAUAUAUAUCAUAAUAGAAAUGAUUGA